AUGAAGGUCGCUGCCAUUUUCUCAUCUCUUCUCGGCCUUGCCUUGGCGACUGCCAUCCCAACUACCAAUGAUCUCGAACGUCGCGACCCGAGCGAUAAAUCCGGAAACUCUCAGUUCGUCCUGCAAUGCGAGGGAGUCACCAUUCCAGACCAAGGAGGAGCUGAGGGUGCAGGCGAGGGCGGUACUGGCUACUUCUACAGCAACGUGGCUUUCAACGCCCAGGGAACCAAGAUCGAGCCCGUCGCCUGCACGGACCAGGACGGUACUUGCAGCAAUUGCUUGUUUUCCGGUGGCGGUCUUAGCUCAGACACCAAUGUUACGGCAUGCUGGAACCCACCUGCCGGAAAGGCUGGAUGUGGUAUCUCAUUCUCGUACAAUGGCUACGAUUAUGAUAGCCAAAACAAGGAGCCCUACUGUGGUCACGAGAAUGGAUUUGCAGCCUUCUCGUUCGAUCUGAGCGCUGUCUGUUACUUUGAUGUUUAA